AUGGGGACUUGCAAACCACUUGGCUUUUUGUUGCAAGUUCCCUUCCUCGAAUGUCCUUCUUACCCGGGAACUUGGGGGACUAUGAGUAGUGCACUAUACAGUUUAGAAGACAACUAUGGUGUUGCUCGGCCAAUGCAUUUAAAAUUACAAGUCCCUAAUCAAGAAGUACCUUCUUACUCGUGUACUUGGGGGAUUACUAUUGGUACCGUAACUGACCAAGCAACUAGCUAUGCUAGAUCAUCCAUGUGCCAUACUUUGAGAGGUCAUCACCUUAGCCAAAGAAGCAUUACCUUAAGUCACAACUCUAAGAAAAGCAAGAGGAGUCCCACAUCUAAAAACUACAAGAAGUGA